AUGUCAGCAACGCCUCGCAAGCCUGGAACCAGCGGCAGUUCCAGCAAAUCAUCGCCCGCAGAUCCGCAGCCAGCCAACGGGUCCACCACACGAGGGCAUGCACGCUCGCCCAGCGCCGCAACUAACGGUCUCAACCGCUCCCCCUCCUUGAGAAGCUCGCCUGUUUCUGCCCGCGCCGCCGCAAGAAAACCAGGCAGAUCAAACCUAAGCAUGUCCAACGUCCCGCGGAUGUCUAACGACCCAUCCGAGGAGGAGGCGCGAGCCCAAAAUGCGGCCUUGAUUGAGGAACUGCGGGAGCAGCUUCAGAAGGCUGAAACCGCCUCUGAGCAGUAUCAGAAACAACUCGGCGUCUUACAAAUGCGCUUGGAUGAAGCCGUUAGUGAACAAACCAAGCUGGAAGAUCAAGCUCAUGAGCGAGACACUCGGAUUGAAACACUCGGUACCGAGAUCCGGGAGCAGGCCCGCCAAAUUCGGGAUCUCGAGCAGCAUCAUGAAAUGGAGCGGAAUGCGAUGCUUCAGGAGAAGGAGCAGCAGGCCAGCAAGGAAGAAGAGUUGCAGGCGACCAUUCAACGGUUGAAAGAGUCGGUGGCGCAGAAGGAUAUGCGCAUCAAUACUGAAGGUGACCGCCAUCAGGUAUCACGAUCUUCGAGCUUCCGCAAUCGAGCAUCUCCAGAUCUGGAUGCACAAUUUGCUCCUUCUUCCCAUCUCGAGCGCAGCCCCUCCCGUAAUAAUUCCAACCUUCUCCUCCAGAAAGACAAAUUGAUAGAAUCCUUGCGCUUGGAAUUGGCUGAGUCGCAGAUCAAACUUGUGGAGAUGGAGAAUAAAGGCGGAGGUCGGCAGCGUGAGUUGGAGAAGGAGCUUUUGGAAGCACGCAUGGCUAAUGCACGUCUUAUGGAAGAUAACGAAAGUUAUCAGCUUCUUCUCAGCGAGAAGACGCUCACCGGUGAUUUCACCAAAGGCGACUUCAUGCGAGAUGUUCACCCCGGGAAGAAUUCCAGCAGCGGGCUAGGCUCCUUGGCUGACGAACUCGAAUCGGUGGAUGAAGAAGCGGCUGAAGGAGACCCAGGCCGCAAGGCCGAUGGUGAGCUCAAGAGUCUCAGGGACCAAAACAAAGCCUUGACACUCUACAUCGAACGUAUCAUAAGUCGUGUCCUGCAGCAUGACGGUUUCGAACAUGUUCUGGAUCGAAAUGACGACGACGAAGAACCGAAAACCGCCACGGGAGCAGGUGGUGAAAAAGACUUGCCCCCAACACCCCCCGAGAAGGAUGAUAAUGCUGCUCAAACAUUCCUGCAGCGGGCCAAAUCUGUGGUAUCGGGCCAAAGCCCGCGGUCCCACCCCCAACCCCGAUCUCGCCCAACCAGCAUGAUGCCUCCACCUUCUAUUCCGCACAGUCAUGCACAUGAGAAUCCGGAAACCGCCCCCAGUAUUCCACUCCGUGCCCAGUCAGUCAGAGCUAGUCAUCGUCGAGCCCGCUCUGAGCAGGUCGACCCCAAUGCCGCUUCUGUCGUCGGGCACAUGUAUCGUGGAAACGGACCCAUGAGCCCUACCCCAAUGGGGCCUGGAUCACGCCAGAGUAUGUUCUCCGGUGCUCCCAGCUACGUAUCUAGCAUGAGCCGGGCCCCAUCAAUGUCCAGUCAACCCGAUCGAGCAGGCCGCAGUAGCUCCCCAAGUGUUACCAGUGAUGCGCUUGGAGAUACGUCUUCCACAGGAGCAACUUCCAGCCCUCCUCGUUCUAGUAGCGGCAUGACCAACUAUACGGGUGCUGUCAUGACGCAGAAUAAGCUGCGGCCCCUGCGUCUUGUCAGCGACGCGGCCAAACUCGAAGAAGAGGAGGCUGCCCGCAAAAAGGCCAACCGUGCGAGCUGGAUUCCAGGUUGGUUUAACAAACCCAACCCGGAGGAACAGACUCAGCUUUAA